UUUAUCAUUUUCUUUCUCUCAACCAAAUGUUCAUCUAAACAAUAAUAUUAAAAUUUUUUUCUUUUGUUGUUGUUUUUGUUGUUUUAAUUUAAUGAACAGUUAAAUUAAAUUCCACACAAAAUGGAGACUUUCAUGUUAAAUCCAAUGAGGGUUGGAAGUGAAUAUCAGGCUGUUGUUCCAGAGGUUUCAACCGUUCUACCCAAACCUGCACCAGAAUAUGAGCCUGAACAUGCCGUCCUUAUCUGGUCUCCAUCUAAUGGUAUUCCUCCUGAAAAGCUUGACGAGUUUAUCCAAAUUUGUCUUGAAAAGUAUAAUUACAAAAUUGAACAAGCCUUAGGUAUGUUAUGUUGGCAUAAAUAUAAUCUUGAAACUGCACUUGCAGACCUACCAAAUUUUACUCCCUUGCCUGAUGACUGGUCGGUUGAAGAUAAAGUGUUAUUCGAGCAAGCAUUUCAAUUCCAUGAUAAACACUUCCACAAGAUUAAACAAAUGCUACCAGACAAGUCGAUUGCCAAUCUUGUUAAAUAUUAUUAUUCAUGGAAGAAAACAAGGAGCAGAACUAGCCUUAUGGACAGACAAGCUCGCCGGUUUAUUGUUCAGAAAGAAGAUGGAAGUGAAGCUGGUUCAGAUGGUCUAUCCGACAAUGAAAAUGAAUCAAUAAAUGAGUUUAGUAACAAUGGAGAUACUAAAGAUAAUCCCGAUGGUAAAACAAGAUGCUCCAAUUGUGCUACAACAGCUAGUGGACAGUUUCACAAUACUUCAAAAGGUGUCUUAUGUCGUUCAUGUUAUUCUUUCUGGAGACGAACUGGUCUAAUGAAAAAUAUAACCACAAGGAAACAAGAUCCUUCUGGAUCAAGUCGACCCAAUUUAAUGAAAAGUAAACGUAAACCUCCUCGUGGUAUGUCAAUUAACAUUGACGAUUUGAUGACAAUUGUUAAUGGUCCACCAGAUCAGGGUGAAGCUUUCCUGAGAUCACUGAGCAAUGAAAUUGUAAAUUUAAAAAGAAAUGUACAAAACUUAAAAGCGCAUAUUAGUCAAAUCAAAACCAAAACUAAUUCUGCUCAUACAUUAAAGAGACUUGAUGUUUCGCCAUCCCAAAGAAUUAACGCUCGAUGGACCAAUGAGGAAGCUCUAUUAGCCGUUCAAGGAGUUCGAAAACACGGCAAAGAUUUUAAAGCUAUCGCUGAAAUAGUUGGUAAUAAAAGUGAAAGUCAUGUUCGCAGUUUCUACACAAAUAACGAACGUCGUUACAACCUGGCUUACAUGCUAACGGAGUACGAAAAUGAAUUUCUUGGAACCAAUUGAUCUGAUUGCCAUAUUUAUUUUUGUCUCUCUUUUCUCACUCACAUCUCACAUUUUCAUAUCAUCAUUAUUAUUAUUUUCUUUAUUCUAUAUUCCUUUUUCCUUCCAAUAUUCUUCCUCUCUCUCUCUCUAUCUCUCUCUUCCCCUUCUGCCAAAUACUUUAUAUCUUCCCAUUUCUUUCGUUGAUUUCAUAAAAUACACUCACCACAUACACACACUCACACCAAAUUAUGUAAACAAAGCAACAAAAUUCAUCAUCAUAAGCAAAUGGAAUCAUGUUACGUUCAUUGUUUUUUUUUCUCUCUCUCUCUCUCCAUUGGAAAUAUCUGAGAUGACCAACUACAGCAAAAAUCCAAUAUGAAAAAAAGAUUAAAAAAAGAUCACCCUGAUAAUCCAGAUUCAAAAGCGAAACAAAAAAAAUUAAAUUCUUAAUAUACAACGA